UCCUUCAUGGGUCUUAUAUUCCCUUUUCAGCUUGAAUUCAAGCUUUUUAUACAUCUUUUUCUUAUCAAUCAAGCAUCUAUGAUUUGCCCUAGACUUAUCUUUAUUAAAAACUGAGAGAACGGCUUUAUAUUAUAGAUAAGGUGUUGGUGUUAUACAGGUAGACUGUAAUAAUUAUACAGGUAAGGUGUUGUUGUUAUACAGGUAAGUCGUAAUGAUUAUACAGGUAAGGUGUUACAUGAACCCAGGUAUCAUAUCGGGAUUAUAUAGGUAAUAUAGUGUCAUUCCACAGGUAACAUGUAGGUAAUAUACUGAUUAGGUAUUAGUUUUAAAAGGUAAAACGUCUAAAAUAAACAAAAUUCAAAUUAGUCUAGAAGACAAAACGCUACCAAUAGCAUUGAAAAUUGAAUUUUCUUUUACUUGGGUAUUUCUCAAUUUAGAUAAGAAGGGAAUAGCUGUGUAAUAUAGAAUGAGAACUUACAAAGGGAAAAUAUCACAUUUUUCUUUGAGAAAUGAAGCUAUCUGACUUAUACAUAUAUAAUUACAUUCAGUAUGCUUGAGAUCAUUGGUAUUCGUUCUUCAUAACAACUUUAGCCUAAUCACAGUGUGUAAUAAUAUCUGGGACCGCGUUACCCCGGGUAGUACUCCGCCGUCAAGUCGUCGGACUUUUUCUUGUUGUAUUCUUUUAGUAAGCAUCAUGUGAUUGAUAAGCGGUAUAAAAAUGUACAUGAUUUCAGCGGGACGCGGACUAACAAGGAGGACAAUGUCAGGAUAUUCCAGAGAGAAAUAUUAUUGUGUGACGAUAUAAUUAUGAUAUAUGACGGUUUAUUGUACAUGGUCACUAACCGUGUUAUUACUGCUGUAAAACUCAAGGCGGUGCAAAAUUGUCUCCUUUGACGUAAUCGAAAACAUUGUAUCUAAAAUAUUUCAGUGGCGUUAUUUAAUAAUAAAGAUGUCAUUGCAAAAGCAAACAAAGUAUAAAUCAAAUGCGAUGUAAUUCAUAAAUCAUUUAAAUCAUGUUGACACAUUCUCAUUUUUCACUUACGGUCCGCUAACAUGGCAAUUUUCUUUUGUUUGUUAUUAUGCAUAAGUAUACAUAUUUUGUAUAGCUAAAAUUGUUUCUUAUUUUACAAAUGUCGCCUUUAGUAAACACAUUAAUGUCAAAACAGACAUCUUCCGGUGUUACAAGAGACAAUAAAAUAAAAUAAUAUUCAAUAUUUAUUUAGUUAUCCAGACUGCAUCCAUCAGACAGUGUCAUGCACAACAAUCCCGAUUCAAAAUGGCAUUUUAAAAUCUUUGAAUAUCAUUGUGUCUUUUGACAGGAGAAGUAAGCUAGCAUUAUGCCGACAGCACGUUACAACCUGUUAUUGUGGAUCAGUUUCCUGGGCAUUUCUGUCGCUUUUGCUUUUCCGGAACAAUAUGGAGAUUGUAUAAAGUUCUGUAAUGCGGAUCAGGUUCUGAAAUCGUCCGAUUUAGAGACGAUCUGUAUAGAGGACAAGGCUUGGAACUGUACGUACUGUAUGUACUAUCCCAAAACCUGCCCGGAACCUGUCGCGUGUGACUACGCUCCUCCCGUCCGAACACCUGACGGCCGAUGUAUCGUCUGUCCAGGUGAGGAAUGCAUCUACAAUGGAGACGCCCACAAAGUUGGAGACACAUUUAGUAGUCUUGACAAUAUCAACAUGUGUUCCUGUAACGCUGAUGGGCGGGUAUCCUGUAGCAAAUAUCCAAUACCACCACAUCGAAUUUUCUGCGGUAUCUGAUUGUUUCUGUUGAAGACCAAAAUCGCUUCUUUAUUUCGUCAAAAUAAAAACCAUUUGUAUGUUAUUAUUGUCA